CCGCGCGAGCGUGGGGGAGGCGGCGCGAGCGCGGCCGGAGCGGGAAGGAGCGAUGCCGGGCCCAGGUGAGGAGGCGCCGGGCGCCGGGGGGGAGCUGAGCCGCUCGCAGGUGUGCGGGAUGCUCCGGCAGGAGCUGAGCCGGGACGGAGCCUUCCUGCAGGGCCACCCGCAUGUCCUCGUCAUCCUCGGCGCCUCCGGCGACCUGGCCAGGAAGAAGAUUUACCCCACGAUCUGGUGGCUGUUCCGGGACGGGCUCCUCCCCGAUGCCACGCGCGUCGUCGGCUUCGCCCGCUCGCCCCUCACCGUGGAGCUCAUCCGGGAGCAGACCCUGCCCUACCUCAAGGUGACCCCUGAGGACGAGCCCCGCCUGGCCACGUUCCUGUCCCUGCAGAGCUUCGUGCGGGGUCAGUACACGGACGAGGCCUCGUUCCGGGCGCUGGACACUCACCUGCGGGGGCUGCCCGGGGGCGACCGCGCCCACCGGCUCUUCUACCUGGCACUGCCCCCCAGCGUGUACACACCUGUGACCCAGAACCUGAGGGCUCUGUGCAUGGGCCAGGGGUGGAACCGUGUGAUCGUGGAGAAGCCGUUUGGGCGGGACCUGGGCUCAUCGGAGGAGCUGUCGGCGCACCUGAGCGCGCUGUUCCGCGAGGAGCAGAUCUACCGCAUGGACCAUUACCUGGGCAAGGAGAUGGUGCAGAGCCUCAUGGUGCUGCGGUUCGGCAACCGCAUCUUUGGGCCCAUCUGGAACCGCGACAACGUCGCCUGCGUGGUGCUCACCUUCAAGGAGCCCUUCGGCACCGAGGGGCGUGGCGGCUACUUCGACGACUUUGGCAUCAUCCGGGACGUGAUGCAGAACCACCUUCUGCAGCUGCUCUGCCUCGUGGCCAUGGAGAAGCCGGCGUCCACCAACCCCGACGAUGUCCGUGACGAGAAGGUGAAGGUGCUCAAGUGCAUCAGCCCAGUGGAGCUGCAGGACGUAGUGCUGGGCCAGUAUGUGGGCAACCCUGAUGGCCCCCCCGAGGCACAGAAGGGCUACCUGGACGACCCCACAGUGCCCCCCGGCUCCACCACACCCACCUUCGCCACCGCUGUGCUGCGCGUGGCCAACGAGCGCUGGGACGGUGUCCCCUUCGUGCUGCGCUGCGGGAAGGCGCUGAAUGAGCGCAAGGCCGAGGUGCGGCUGCAGUUCCGGGAGGUGCCCGGGGACAUCUUCGCGCAGCAGUGCAAGCGCAACGAGCUGGUGGUGCGGGUGCAGCCGCGCGAGGCCGUCUACGCCAAACUGAACACCAAGAAACCCGGCAUGUUCCUGCGGCCCGAGGAGUCUGAGCUUGACCUCACCUACGGCAGCCGGUACAAGGAUGUGAAGCUGCCGGACGCCUACGAGCGGCUGCUGCUGGACGUCAUCUGUGGGAACCAAAUGCACUUUGUGCGCAGUGACGAGCUGCGUGAGGCCUGGCGCAUCUUCACCCCUCUGCUGCACCAGAUCGAGCAGCGCCGUGAGCCCCCCAUCCCCUACCCCUACGGCAGCCGGGGCCCCCCCGAGGCGGACGAGCUCCUGCGGCGGGCGGGGUUCCUGUACGAGGGCACCUACCGGUGUCAACUGUGAGAGCUGGGCCUCACUCAACCCAGAUGCCACUGGGAGCUUGCCAGAGCUCAUGGAACCCAGGCUCCAGUGUGACACAGAGGGGCCUCAUGGAACCCAGGAGAGCUCUGAGAGGCUCUGGAACCUCAUGGAACCCAGGAGAGCUCUGAGAGGCUCUGGAACCUCAUGGAACCCAGGAGAGCUCUGAGAGGCUCUGGAACCUCAUGGAACCCAGGAGAGCUCUGUGGGGCUCUGGAACCUCAUGGAACCCAGGAGAGCACUGUGAGGCUCUGCACCAACAUGGCUCCAAGGUUCCACUGUGAUCUGACGGAACCUCCUGGAAGGAAGGGAACAUUUUCCCCUGUGCUCAGCACAGAUGAGGCUGCACCUUGAGUGCUGUGUCCAGUUCUGGGCCCCUCAGUUUAGGAAGGAUGUUGAGAUGUUCAAACACAUCCAGAGAAGGGCAACGAGGCUGGUGAGGGGUCUGAACACCAGUCCUGUGAGGAGCGGCUGAGGGAGCUGGGAUUGUUUAUCCUGGAGAAGAGGAGGCUCAGGGGAGAUCUCGUCACUCUCACAACUCCCUGGCAGGAGGGUGCAGCCAUCUGGGGGUUGGGCUCUUCUCCCAGUGAACAGUGACAGGACAAGAGGACGCAGCCUUAAGCUGUGCUAAAGAAAGUUUAGGUUGGACAUUGGGAAAAAAUUGUUCUCUGAAAGAGUGACUGGGUACUGGAAUUGUUUGCCCAGGGACAGGGUGGAGUCCUCAUCCCUGCGUGUGUUAAAAAAGCCUGAAGGUGGCACUUGUCCCUUUUGGAAAGACAGGUGUCUGCCAAGGGAGGCAGGAACCUCCUUU